CCAACCCUCUAGUGCUGGUGUUGUGAAACACACUCGAAUAAAACGAUACCAAUAAUAUAACAAGUUGGUGGAGGCGCACCGAGUGAGGACCGAGUACUGUAGUUUGUUGCUUUACAAAACAGAAGCUAUUCAAAGGGUUUGCUGUGCAUUGGUAAUCUAUAACAAUGGCUACAAGAUCCGUAUGGGCUUCCAGGGCUGCUUCUUACCUCAGGAUUUCUGUCUUCAACAGAGGAUUCGCUUCUGUUGUAAAAGAUCUGAAGUAUGCAGAUAGCCAUGAAUGGGUAAAAAUAGAUGGUAAUUCUGCCACUGUUGGUAUAACCGACCAUGCUCAAGAUCAUUUGGGUGAUGUUGUGUUUGUUGAAUUACCGGAGGUGGGUGCUGCUGUCACACAGGGAGAGGGUUUUGGUGCAGUUGAAAGUGUCAAGGCUACUAGUGAUAUAAAUUGUCCUGUUUCAGGAAAAGUGAUUGAAGUCAAUGAAGAGCUGAACGACUCCCCUGCUCUGGUCAACUCUAGUCCUUAUGAAAAGGGAUGGAUCAUAAAGGUUGAAAUGAGUGAUGCUGGUGAGACAAAGAAUUUGAAGGACUCUGAUGAGUAUUCUAAAUUCUGUGAAGAAGAAGAUGGCCAACACUGAGUAGACCUUGGCAUGGUGGAACACUGAGCAUUCAUCAAAAAGGGCUCUGGUUUCUCGAGUUCAUGAUAUGCAUUUCUCUCAUCCAAUCAUGUGUUUUCUCAAUUCUCUUUGUUGCAAAUGAUAAAACCAGUAGAUUUUGCCCCUUGGAACAUCGGAAAUAAUCCUUAGUUUUGCAUGGAAUAAUCGGUGUUUUGUUAAAUUUUGAUGAUUUGAUUCUCUGCAAAAUAAUAUUCGGAGGCAAGAAGCCCUUGAUAGAGUA